UGCCUCGCCUCGCCGCCUUCCUCUGCCGCCUGUGCCGGCCCGCUGCGAUUAGCCGGGUCUGGAAACAUGGCCUCCUCCGAGCAGGCUGAGCAACCUGGGCAGAUCAGCUCUUCUGGAGCAGAGAAUGGAGCAUCACGCCAAGCCCUGAUUGCCACAGCGGUGAAGUUUUUAGAAAACUCUAGAGUUCGCCAGAGCCCACUUGCAAAUAAAAGAACAUUUCUGAAGAAAAAAGGUCUCACUGAUGAGGAAAUAGAUCUGGCCUUCCAGCAAUCGGGCAUGCCGAAAGAGGAAACCCAGCCGCACAAUCUCCCCCCACAAUUGGUGCCAAGUCGAUCCACACAGCUCGCAUCGUACAGUCCCCCAAGUUCCAGAUGGAGAGACUACGGUGCCCUGGCAAUUAUUAUGACUGGCAUUGCAAUCGGUUUCCACCAGCUUUACAAGAAAUACCUGCUUCCCCUAAUCAUGGGAGGCAAGGAAGACAGGAAGCAGUUGCAGAGGAUCGAGUCAAACAUGUCCGAAAUGAGUGGCAGCGUGACGCAGACAGUGACUCAGCUUCAGACCACUUUAGCCUCUGUCCAGGAGCUGCUAAUUCAACAGCAGCAGAAAAUCCAAGAGCUGACCCAGGAACUGGCUAACUCCAAGGCCACCACAUCGACCAACUGGAUUUUGGAAUCUCAGAGUAUCAGCGAUCUGAAGUCGGAGAUCUAUUCGCUAAAAGGGCUCCUCCUGAACAGGAGACAGUUUCCCCCCUCGCCCUCAGCUCCCAAAAUCCUGUCCUGGCAGAUCCCGGUCAAGGCCGCUUCCCCCUCUAACCCGGUGACCAAUAACCACAACACAAGCAGCGACAUCUCACCGGUCAGCAACGAGUCCAACUCCCCUUCGCCCGUCAAGGAAAGCCACAGCCCCGAGGGGACCACGGCGGGCUGCCACCUGGCCAGCCCCGAGGAAGAAGGGGAGGCGGUGAUCGACCUGAAGGGCCAGGUGAGGAUGGAGGUGCAAGGGGAAGAGGAGAAGCGGGAGGAGCAGGCCCGUAUAGAGGAGGAGGAGGAGGAGGAGGACAACCACGUGGAUGAAGAGGAUGUCCAGACGGAGGAUCGGCGAGGAGGCGACGGGCAGAUAAACGAACAGGUGGAGAAGCUGCGGAGGCCCGAAGGUGCCAGCAACGAGAAUGAAAUUGACUAGCUGGGGGCGCAACUGGAAACCCCCCCCCCACUCACCCAUCUCGGUAGUCUUCACCAAGGCUCUGAUCGUCCCCUGGCCUCACUUCCCUGCUUCAGCCCGAGUCAUCCUUGCAAUCUCGCCCGCCAGGCAGGUGACAGGCCCUCCCCUCCCUGCCUGCCUUUCCUCACUGCAGACCCCCCAGCCACACACACACACACACACACACACACACACACCAGGUCUCCUCUUGCUCUCCCUGUGCAGCCAGACCUCUUAACUGUAGACCCAGCCGGUCCUCUCAUCCCCCUUAGGAAUUACAAAGGUUUCAGUUGGUGGGUGUGGGGGGGACCCCUCAUUUCCACCUGUCCUUCACUUUGGGGGGGCUUCUGGCCUCCCCCACUGACCCGCGUUAUUUAUUGCGUUCAGCCUGGAGAGCCGAAGGGUGCGGCUUCCGCUCUUUGCUUUGCAGUGUGGGGGGGUCUUUGCUGAGCAGCCGCUGCUGAUGCCCGUGCGCACGAGAGAGAGUUGGGGGGAUUCCAGCCCCGUGGAAACCUCUCCCCCCUCCCUGCUUGCCCUCUUUCUUGCAUCCCUCUCUCCCUCUUCCUGCUUUUUUGCCGUCUCAGAGGGUCUGGGGGCUUCCUGCAGCUCUCCAGGGGUGCUGUUCUUGCCUGGGGAGACCCCCCCCCCGCUUAGCACAGCUCCCCCUUUCCUCCCUGCGGCGCUAGGUAGAGGCAGUUCUCCGUGACUCAAUCCCCAAAUGGAGCCAUUUCGGGGGCCUCCAUCUUUUCCUCAUGGAUGGGGGCCUGUGUGUGUGUCCCCCCCCCUCUUCCUCCUCCUCCCCGCUCUCCCGCCUUCAGCCUGGUUGGGUGGGAAAAAAGAAACCAGGUUUUCGAAAUCUGGUCUUCUGGCGUUGUGUUCUCGGGUGUUGCCGCGGUGUCGGUUUCCAUUCCCUUCAUUAAAAGAGCCUCGAAACCAGUAACCAACGUCGCGAGACUCCUCGUCUUUGCUCCUUGCCGAGAGGAAAUGGCGGAACGUACUCCUCUGUGUGAUCAUGUAUAGAAUUCCAGCAUAAAAUAUGACUGUAUAUAAUUGUAAUAAAUAUGAGUUACCACUGUU